AUGUCCACCAAGUUUCCCACUACUACCGUCACUCCCAUCGAAAUGGUGUCUCAAGCUCAGGUCCUCGAUCGCUCCGUCCCGCCGCAAAGCGCUGCCUCCUCCGUGUCGCGCCAUUCUCAUUCCAGCCGGCGACAUCGUUCCAGUCGUUCCCAUCAUGGAGGACUCACCCAUCAACAGCAAAACGACUUUCCUAUUUUCACGCACACGGGCGAUGUCGAGAUUGUGGUACGCGCAGGGGACCAGGAGCGACGCUAUCUCCUGCACCGAUUGAUAUUGGCGCAAUGCUCGGGCUUCUUCGAGGCCAGUACCCGCGAGGAGUGGUCGCGACAAUCCAUGCCGAGGCCGCCAAACCUGGACACGGGCGUCCUGUCGAGGAUUAGUGAGGAUGCCUCUUCGCUAUCAAACGGGUCAACCCUGGCCCAAUCGGAGAGUGGAGGAUCCGCUUGGUCGGUCGAAAAGAGACGCUGGAGGUAUGAACUGGACUGGGUAAACAAGGAGGAGGAUGAAGAGCCAAUUCUGGUACAAAAGCCUCCCAGCUUUUCCAGCGCAUUUGGUUGCGAUUCGGGACAAUAUCCGCCAUCCGUGACCAAACCGUCCAGCUCUCAAACAGGGUUCGUCCGGUCGAUGGCCAACCUGGCCGGGAUGCAGUCGGUGGUCAAUCUCCCCCAUCGAUCUGGGACGGCACACCCACCCACAAAUCCCAUCGUUCGCGAUUACGAUAAUCUGUUCCGCCUGUUCUACAACUACCCGCCGCUGCUCAACAGUGUCAAUAUCGCAACCGCCUAUGCCGAGUGCCGGGCCUUGCUCAACCUGGCCGACAUGUACGAUGCGCUACCGGUGACCGGACCUCGCGUUGACCACCAUCUUCUAGGCUUUGGCUCGCGUCUCUUCAAGCAGAUCGCCAAGUAUCCCCCGAGCUACCUGAAACUGGGCUACCUGGCGCGCAGCCGCGUCAUUUUCUCCGAGGCCCUCAUCCACGUCGUGGGACAAUGGCCAGCCGGCCUGCCCCAUCUGCGCAACGGACCGUAUUCGCCGCUCCCCAACUCCGUCCUGGACAUCAUCGAAGAUAAGGUCGAGGACCUCGAAGACCUGAAGGCGCGUAUCGACUCCAAGCUCCUGCGGCUCACCCUGACCACCUCCCGCGGCGAGCGUGUCAGUCCCACCAACGCCUACUUAGAUUGGCUGGCUGUCUCGCUCUUCCGACAAUGGCUCGUCGACAGCACGACGCCCCCGCCGACUCCGAUCCUCAAGAACUCCUCGGCGAACGCACACGCCAGCACCAGCACCCAUGGCAUCCGCAGUUCGCAAUCGACGAGCCACCGCCCCACGGACUCGACUUCCAAGACCACCACCACGACAACCACAACCGCCGCACCACCCUGGUCCGCCGCACGAGUCUACCGACUCAUCGGCUCCUCCAGCAGCCAAGCCUACCUAUCACACGAGGACCUGAAACGAUUCCUCAAAGUGCACCCAACCCCUUCCUCCGAAUCGCUAUACACCCGUGAAGUUCUGAAACGAUUCGAGCGCAAAAUGGACGAAAUCAAGCGGCUGGCCCGCGAGAUAGUCAAGCCGCUCAUGCGCAAUUUCCUCGAACUGGAUCUGAAAGGUAGCGAAUACGGAGAGGGAGGGUUGCCGUAUUUGACCUGCACUAAAGUCGACGACGAAGAUAUCCCCUGGGAGUGA